ACUCAUGCAAUCGCUCUCUGACUGGCUAUAGAUAGAGCUGAAGUUCACGACCACGAUACUGAAAAACUAAUCUCAAUAGAUCUCUGAAAUUAGUUAGCUCACAUGCAAGCGAUGGAACUCAUCCAGGAGAAGCAGCUAGCCAGGGAGCAACUCCAAGACACAGCCCAGCUGUGGAACCACGCCCUCAGCUUCCUCAGAUCCAUGUCCCUCAAGUGCGCCAUCGAGCUCGGCAUCCCGGACGUCCUCCACAACCACGGAAAGCCCAUCACCCUCUCCGAGCUUGCCACCUCCCUCUCUAUCCCCCCGUCCAAAGCCCCCGCCCUCGGAAGCCUCAUGCGCCUGCUCGUCCACUCCGGUCUUUUCGCAAGCCACCGAGACCAAGAAGGGGGAGAAGAAGAGAGUUAUUUCCUCACGCCGGCCUCGAAACUCCUGGUGAAGGAGAAGAAGGCGUGUCUUUCGCCGUUCGCGCUGAUGAUAUUGAACUGGACCCUGCUGGCGCCGGCGCACCAGCUGGGGGCGUGGUUCAGGGCCGGGGCGGCGCGGGCGACGCCGUUCGACAUGGCGCACGGCAAGGGGUUCUUCGAGGAGACGAACGCGAGGGCGGACUUCAACGAGCUGUUCAACGAGGGGAUGGCCAGCGACGCGCGGCUGGUGACGGAGGUGGCGGUGGGGCGGCGGCAGUGGGAGGUGCUCCACGGGGUGCGGUCGGUGGUGGACGUGGGCGGGGGGACGGGCACGCUGGCGAAGGCCAUCGCCAAGGCGUUCCCCGGGGUUCGGUGCGCGGUGCUGGACCUGCCACAUGUGGUGGCUACGGUGGACGAGGAGGAGCGGGAGGGCGUGGAGUUCAUCGGAGGGGACAUGUUCGAGCACAUCCCUCCGGCGGAUGCCGUCUUGUUCAAAUGGAUAUUGCAUGAUUGGAGCGACGGGGACUGCAUCAGGAUACUAAACCGCUGCAAAGAAGCCAUUCCCCCUAAAAAAGACGGUGGAAAGGUUAUCAUAAUAGACAUGGUAGUUGGUGUUACUACUGAUGUUUCCAUCUCAGUUGAACCACAACUUCUCUUUGACAUGGAGAUGAUGAUCCUUUGUACGGGAAAGGAACGAAGUGAAACCGAAUGGAGCCGUUUAUUCCAUGCUGCAGGUUUUAGCGACUACAAGAUAACAGCAUCCAUGGGUUUACGGUCAGUCAUCGAGUUGUACAAUUAGGUAUUAAGUAAAGUGCAAUGAUUGGCUUCUUGUAUUUUGGACGGACAUGAUUCUAUUUAUAUUCUUAGCUAUUGGUUUGUAUAAGGAUAAACACCUAAUUACCUUGCUUGAUAUGCUAGUUUUUGUUAAUCAUAAGUAAUUGCUGCAAUAUAUGUUGUUUACUAAUCCAGUA